AUGUAUUUAAUUUAAAUAGGCUUAAUUGCCUCUUUUCUCAUUGUAAAUACCUUAUAGACAAAUCGAAUUCGUAAUCACCCAAAUUACACAUAUUCUAUUAAUGAAGAACUAUUAACAUUUAAAUUUGCAACAUAAGAAGCUCAUGUUAGAUUGUUGAGGUAUUAUUAGGAUUAUAUAUAAAUAUAAUAGCAAUCCUACAAUUUAUGAUGUUGAUGUAUUUAGAAGUGAUAAAGAUGGUCUACUUGAGUAAAUAGAAACACCAUUCCUUAGUUUAGAUAAUUAGUAUCUUGAUGAACAAUAAUUAGAUAAUGGUAGGAUAUGGACAGUUAUUAUUAGAUUGUGUUGGAUUACCAAAGCAUCCGAAAUUGAAUGAAAUACUAAGUGUCAAUCUUUUGGAUAAUACAUUAGAUAUAUAUUAUACAGAUAUAUUAUCUUUACCUUAAUUUGAUAAGUAAAUAAUAUUGCCUCUACUUAGGAUAUUUUUAUUGACAGAUGAAUUAGAAUUACGAUAAGCAACAUUAUAAUAUAAUUCUUCAUCAUAAUCUUAAUGGAAAGUAGAAGUUAAAAAUAUUUCCUAUUCUCUAAAAAACUUAUACCCAUAAGAAAUAAAUUAUACAAAUGCUUAUUUUGCAUGUUUUAAUGAUUAUCAAGAUAAAUGCCUAAUUUUAUCAAAUUAUGGAGGAAUUUGGUUAGACAAAAACUCAGAAAUAGAAUAACCAAUUCUUACAUUUGAACCAGUCAUAUCACCAAAUAAAGAUUUAAAUAAAGUAAAUGUUUUUGAUCAAUAUCUUGCUAUAGCUAAUGGAAAUGCAGGAGUUGAUUUAUAUCAAUUUUAAAAUAACUAACUCUCAUAUCUUUUAAAAAUUACCUCUAAAGAUUUGAAUUAAACAUCAAUCAAUAUAAUAUCUUUAAAAUUAAUUAAAAAUAGAUUAAGUAUUUUAGAUGAACAUACUGGAUUAUAUAUUUUUGAUAUUAUUAACAAUUAAGUAUCCUUAUCACUCACUCUUCCUUAUUAAAGGUGUGUUGCAUUUGAUCAUAGUGAAGAUACUUAUUUAUUAGUUGCAGAAACUCCAAAUAAUAUUGAAUAUAUGAUGGAAAUAUUUAUUUUACCAAUUUCAAAAGAAUAUUACAUAAAUAGAAUAUAUGUUGAUGAUUUCUCUUUUAGAGAAAUUUAAAUUGAUGAUGAUUAUGCAAUUAUUAUUGGAGAAGAUGUACAUUUGGUUGUUAGACAUUCUAUUUUUAAUGGAUUUAUGAAGAACAAUACUGAUCUUGUUAAAACCUUUUUUGAAGAUGAACUUAUUCGUUUCGAAUAUUUAGAAAUGAAUCAAACAUUUUUAACUCAAUUUGUUGAAACAUCUUAUUAUAUUGGUUUAUCUAAAGGUUCAUUACAUAUCUGGAAAUUUGAUGAUUAUAAUCCUGUUAUUAUUUGUAGAUUUUAGUAUGGAACUUCUUAAAAUUAUACUAUUAGGGCCAAUUCAUCUAAAUGUGAAAAUCAUACAAAUAGAGAUUUAUUCGAAUAAUGUCAAAUAACUCAAUAUCUUGUUAUAUAAGCUUCAGGACCAUUAUUAGAAUCUGAUUCAAAUUAUUUAAUUAUUGGAGUCUCUGUAUCUGUUGCUGUAAUUAAUAUAUUUAUUUAUAUAGAUUGUUAUUUUUAUCAUUAUCGUGUUUUUAUGUAGAAGAGGAAGAGCUUUAGCCAAAAAAAUUUAAGAGUUAAAAAAAUAAGCAGAAGAAUUAAAAAAAUAUAAAGUCUUAGAGGCAGAAUAGUAAUCAGUAGGUCUUUGAUCUAUUAUCAAAAUAUAAUAUUUU